CGCGGCGGACUGGCCGAGCGCUGAGCCGGGCGAGACUUCACCAUGCAGGACGCGCCGGCCGCGCUGCCUACGGAGCCGGGCCCCAGCCCCGUGCCCGCCUUCCUCGGCAAGCUGUGGGCGCUGGUGGGCGACCCGAGCACAGACCACCUGAUUCGCUGGAGCCCGAGCGGGACCAGUUUCCUCGUAAACGACCAGAGCCGCUUCGCCAAGGAAGUGCUGCCCCAGUACUUCAAGCACAGCAACAUGGCGAGCUUUGUUCGGCAACUCAAUAUGUACGGCUUUCGGAAGGUGGUGAGCAUUGAGCAGGGAGGCCUGCUCAGGCCCGAGCGCGACCACGUGGAGUUCCAGCACCCGAGCUUCGUGCGCGGCCGUGAGCAGCUACUGGAACGCGUGCGGCGCAAGGCGCCUGCGCUGCGCAGUGAGGAUGGCCGCUGGCGUCCCGAGGACCUGGGCCGGCUGCUGGGCGAGGUGCAAGCUUUGCGGGGAGCGCAGGAGAGCACUGAGACGCGGCUGCGGGAGCUCAGGCAGCAAAACGAGAUCUUAUGGAGGGAGGUGGUGACACUGCGGCAGAGCCAGGGCCAGCAGCACCGGGUCGUUGGCAAGCUGAUCCAGUGUCUCUUUGGGCCACUGCAGGCUGGGUCCAGCAACCCAGGAGCUAAGAGAAAGCUGUCCCUGAUGCUGGAUGAGGGGAGCUCAUGCCCAACACCGGCCAAACUCAGUGCCUGCCCGCUACCUGGUGCCCUCCUGCAGGACCCCUACUUUAUCCAAUCGCCCCUCCCAGAGACCACCUUGGGCCUCAGCAGUCCUCACAGGGCCAGGGGACCCAUCAUCUCUGACAUCCCAGAAGACUCUCCAUCCCCUGAAGGGACCAGGCUUCCUCCCUCCCGUGCUGGCAGGAGGGAGGACAGCCAGGCAUUGCUCAAAGAAGAGCCAGCCAGCCCAGGAGUGGACGGCCAGGCUGGGCAGGCCCUGGCCCCAAACGAGUGUGGAUUCUGUGUGACAGCCCCCCCACCACUGCCUGUGGCUGUGGUGCAGGCCAUCCUGGACGGAAAAGGGAGCUUCAGCCCUGAGGGGCCCAGGAGUGCCCAACAGCCUGAACCAAGGGGGCCCAGGGAGGUACCUGACAGGGGGCCUCAGGGCCUGGAAAGCGGGGGCCAGAGCCCAGAGAGUCUGCUGCCUCCCAUGCUACUUCGGGCCCUCCCUGGAAGUGUGGAGCCCGCAGGGCCCCUGGACGUGCUGGGCCCCAGCCUCCAAGGGCGGGAAUGGACCCUGAUGGACUUGGACAUGGAGCUGUCCCUGAUGCAGCCCUUGGUUCCAGAGAAGGGUGAGACUGAACUGGCCGUCAAGGGGUUAAAUUCUCCAGGCUCAGGGAAGGACUGCGCUCUUGGGACACCACUCCUGCUGGACGUCCAGGCGGCUCUGGGAGGCCCAGCUCUCAGCCUGCCUGGAGCUGUAACCAUUUCGAGCCCCCCUGAGAGCCGGGCCUCCUACCUGGGUCCCGGGGCUGAUCCCUCCCCCUGACACUCUCUGGUCGGAAGCCAGCCUGGCUGAGGGCUGCCUGCAGCCUCACGCCUGCCUGCGGCCCCUGAGGCGGAGGCUGGGCGAAGACCCUGCUACUCCGAGGCCCCCUUCCACUACAGUACCAAGUUAUGCUCAUAAACCGCAUUUUUUUUCUGUG